AUGUCGAACCCCCAAGUCACUCAUCGACGCGCCUUUAGGCGAACGGAUGAUUACACCCCUGGGAAGCCAAAGUUAAAGCUUGUACAGGAAGCGCUGGCACUGCCACUUGCACCGACAGCAGUAUUGCUCAAAGUACAUGCCAUCGCUCUUAACUACCGCGACGCCAACAUCGCGAAUGGAGGAAACCCGUGGCCGGUGAUUCCAAAUGGGAUUUUGGGCAACGACGCCGCGGGUGAGGUCCUCGCAGUUGGGGAUAAGGUAAAGACAUUGGCGGUCGGGGAUAGGGCCGGGCCUAUUACAGACACUGAGAAUAUUUCCGGGCGUGAAGUGAAGCGGUCGUGGCUUGCAGCAGAUGAGGAUGGAGUUAUGGCGGAUUAUAUUAUCUUUGACGAGGACGUUUUGUGCAAACUUCCAGACUAUCUUGAUUGGGCUGAAGCUGCUAUGAUUCCCUGUGCUGGUGUUACUGCUUGGUCGGCGCUGAAGGGUAUGAGAAUUGGGCAGACUGUGUUGAUUCAAGGCACUGGAGGGGUCAGUGUUUUUGCACUCAAGCUUGCACGGGCUGCGGGCCUUCGGGUGAUUUUGACAUCUUCGAGUGAUAAGAAGCUCGAGCAAAUGAAGGUCAAGUAUUCGAACCCGCCGAUCAUGACGAUAAACUACUCCCGAAGAUCUGACUGGGACAAGGAGGUUCUCCGGUUGACUGAUGACGUCGGCGUGGAUAUUGUUCUUGAAACUGGCGGGUCAAGCUCCUUGGUUAAGAGCCUGAGAUGUACUCGACGUGGAGGCGUGGUCAGUCAGGUCGGAUAUCUUUCACAUCAGGAUCCUAAUGGCCUGCGGGAACUGAUCCCGACCAUUAUUGAUCGGAGAACCAUUUUGAGAGGUAUCAAUGCAGGGUCAAAGCAUGAUAUGGAGGAUUUCUGCGCUGCGCUAUCAGCAGCUCAAACGCCGCUGAGUGAUCUCAUUGACAAGAUAUUUCCAUUUGACCAAGCCGAGGAGGCUGUUGAAUAUGUUUGGCAGGGUAAACAAGUUGGGAAGAUUGUGCUCCGUAUUUAG